UUCUCGGCUCGCCCGCUUGGGGCGCCAAAUUGCGAAAUUGUUACAUCAUAAAUUUGUUUUGGAGUCCAAUUUUCACGGAUUUUCGCCACAAAAAUCCCACUUAAUGUGAUAAAUUGCAAGACGAGUGGCCAGGAGACAUCUUGUGCGUGCCCCAGUGAGUGAAAGUGUGCGGAAAAGCGGGUGGGAAGUGUGUGAAAAGGCUGCUCGAAGUUCGGGUGGAGAAAUGUCAAAUGAUAAGAAGUUCCUCCCAAGAGUUUCACUGAAUCCUUUAGCAAGGCUCGCGCGAGUGUUUUGAGGGACUCUCGCUCAAGGCCACAUUUUCUCGCACAUCCUAAGAUUCUUCACUGUAUUUAUUUUGCGUUUUACUUGGUUGAGAUUUUCUUGUCCUCUGUUGAUAUCUUUUGCUUGGUGGGGCCAGAAAAAGGGCCGAAAAAGCGCGCACUUUUCCGGGAAGAUUCUGUUGAGAAAGUGACUUUUGGGGGAAAUAAGAAAGGAGGCAAGAGAAGUAAAGUUAAUGGCUGCUUAUUUGAAUCGCACACUAUCGAUGGUGACGGGAAAUGGAUCCAUCUCGUCCUUUGACACAUCGUCACUGGCGGAAACGCGGGGCCUGCACAACACGGCCAACGACGUCUCCCCGUUGCAGAUCUUCGUGCGCGCCAAGAAGAAGAUCAACGACAUCUUCGGCGAGAUCGAGGAAUAUGUUGUGGAGACGACCAGAUUUGUCGACAGUGAUCAGCCCGGGGAGCUGGACAUGAUCGACAAGUACGAGAAGGAGGCCUUCAGCAGCUACGUGCACAAGGUGGCCGGGAUCCGCGAGGUGCUGGCGCGCGAUCACAUGAAGGUGGCCUUCUUCGGGCGCACGUCCAACGGCAAGAGUUCGGUGAUCAACGCCAUGCUGAGGGAGAAAGUCCUGCCCAGCGGCAUCGGACACACCACGAACUGCUUCUGCCAAGUCGAGGGCGUCGAUGGACACGAGGCGUAUCUGGUGAAGGAAGGAUCUGAGGAGAAACUGAACGUCGUGUCGGUUCAACAGUUGGCGAACGCCUUGAGCCAGGAGAAGCUGAACGAAUCCUCGCUGAUACGGAUCUUCUGGCCACGCGAGCGUUGCAGUCUUUUGCGCGACGACGUGGUGUUCAUGGAUUCGCCUGGCGUUGACGUGUCGCCGAAUCUGGACGAUUGGAUUGACAAUCACUGUCUCAAUGCCGAUGUUUUCGUGCUUGUCCUCAACGCAGAAUCCACAAUGACGAUUGCUGAGAAAUCCUUUUUCCACGAAGUCUCUCAGCGACUAUCAAAGCCCAACAUCUUCAUUCUCAACAAUCGAUGGGACGCUUCGGCGAAUGAGCCUGAAUUUCAAGAAUCUCCAAAGGAAUUCCUUGAAAAGGUGAAGGCGCAGCACACGGAGCGAUGCACGGACUUCCUGACCAAAGAGCUGAAGGUGUCGCUGCCGAAGGAGGCGGAGGAGAGGGUGUUCUUCGUGUCGGCCAGGGAGACGCUGCAGGCGCGCCUGAAGGAGGCUCAGGGGCAGCCGGCGCACUUGGGCGCCAUUGCGGAGGGCUUUCAGAAUCGCUACUUUGAGUUCCAGGACUUUGAGCGGAAGUUCGAGGAGUGCAUCUCGAAGAGUGCCGUGAAGACGAAAUUCGAGCAGCACAGUCGCGGCGGGAAGCAAAUUGCCAAGGACAUGAUCUCGAUGCUGGACAACAUCUACGACAGGGCGUCUUGUCUGAAGAAUCAGAAGUUUGAGCAUCGGCGGCUGCUGAUUGAGCGCAUCAACAGCACGGAUCAGCAGCUGGCGCAGGUGACGCGCGAGAUGAAGUCCAAGAUCCACACGAUGGUGGAGGAGGUGGAGCAGAAGGUGUCGAAGGCGCUGAACGAGGAGAUCUGGCGCCUCGGCGUGCUCGUGGACGAAUUCCCGCUGCCCUUCCACACCGAUCCGGUGGUGAUGAGCAUCUACAAGCGCGAGAUGAAUGGGCAUGUGGAGCAGGGAUUGGGCUCCAAUCUGCGCGCCAGACUCUCCACCGCCAUGGCGAUGCAGAUGGAGACGGCGCAGCGCGAGAUGACGGAGAAGAUGCACUCACUGCUGCCCAGUGAUGUAUUGAGUCAGAAGCUGACGACUUAUGCUGUGCGCCAGCAGCCCUUCGAGAUGUUCUACACGCUCAAUUGCCAGAACUUGUGCGCCGACUUCCAGGAGGAUCUGGAGUUUCGCUUCUCCUGGGGCGUCACGGCGAUCCUGCAGAGGAUCAAUAAUCGCGCCAAAGACAAGAAGAGCGGCGACAAGACGCACAUGAUUACGCGCCAGAGCAGCCAAUCGAGUGUGCCGCCAAUGUUGUCACCGGUUGCCGAUCAGCCGGACGGGGCGAACUGCAUUGUGCCUUACGGGGGCGCCAGCAUCACUCCCGAGCAGCUUUCUCUCCUCUCCAACAUGGCCGUGGCCACGAUGGGCUCGCACGGCACAGUCGGCGGCAUCAUCGUGUCUGGGCUGCUCUUCAAGGCCAUCGGCUGGCGCGUCCUCGUCGGCAUUGGCGUCCUGUACGGCUGUGUGUAUCUCUACGAGCGCCUGUCGUACACGAACUCGGCCAGGAAGCGGCGCUUCAAGAGCCAAUAUGUGAAGCACGCGACGAAGAAGCUGAAACUUAUCGUCGAUCUCACGUCCGCCAACUGCAGUCAUCAAGUUCAGCAGGAAUUGACCAGCACGUUUGCCCGACUGUGUCGCACUGUUGACGCUGCGUCGUCUGACAUGAACGAAGACUUGCGCUCCGUCGAGGCGCUCCUCAAUCAACUGGAGGCGAAUCAGAAGCAAAUGAAGCUACUCCGCAAUAAGGCCAAUUACAUCACGAAUGAAUUGGAAAUCUUCGAGAACAACUACAUCAAGUCCAACUGAGCGGCGGCGGCAAAUCGAUUGCGAGAGAGACUCAAAUAUGUUUAGGUAAUCAAUUUGGAAGCUUCUUUUACCGUCAAAAAAAAAUAAGCACGAAUGAAAAAUUGUUAAAUCCAGUCGAGAAUGUGCGAUAAAUUGUAAAAAAGAACACUUUUAUUGCAGAGAAGAGAAGAUAAUGUUCCAAUUUUAGGCAGAAUUCAUGUGAUUUCAUGUCAAAAAAAACCUUGAAUUUCUGCAGCAAAGCAGCUUAGAGAUUGGACAGAUUGGUUGAAUUGAUAUUCAGAUGAUUAGAAAUUGUAGAUAAAAUUCCCAUGUUAGAAUUGUAUAAGAAAAAAAUCUCUAAAUUAAACGUAUAAUAGAAAAUA